AUGACACAGACAAAUCGAUUGUUUUCUGUUAAACUUGACGACCGUGAAGACCAGCUGAAUUGGUCUGAUCUGGUCUCACUUCGUCGUUUGGAAUUGAAUCAUGUCAAUCCAGACGAAAUAAAGUCGAUUUUAUCUAGUCUACCAUCUGUGACAAAAUCGUUACUAUUGAACUCGUUGGUAAUUAAAUAUUCUCAAGAAUGUGCGGGUGAAUUAAAUUUGGCUUGCCAUUUAUUUGUUGCACUUCCGUCACUGGUCAACUGCGUAUUCGAUUUUGCUCAUUUUAUGGAUUUUGGUAUAACUACAAGAACGAUGACACACCUGCAACGACUGACAAUUAUUUGUCACAUGAAAAAUCUGUUUCAGUUAGUCCCAAUAACUCCGGCAAUAAAAUAUUUGAAUGCAAAAUUAUAUAAUCUCGAGCCAGUUUCUUUAACCUAUGAUACAGCCAGUAAUACAGUGACCAAGUGGAGUUCAUUAACAUGUUUAUCGUUGAAUAUGAUGGUCGGUGUUCCGUUGGAACUGAUGUUUUCGCUUUUAAAUUUGACACCCGCCGUGGUCCAAUUUCGAUUAUUCGGUGCCACAUCUGAUCUAAACUAUUUAGACGGAAAAUUGUGGGAAAAUGUCUUCACCACAAACACUUUGUGCCUUCGUCAUUUGACAUUAGGCAUCGACGUUGUAAAUGUGAAACCUGAACAACAAUUCAACGAAGAACAAAUGCUAUUGAAAUAUCAAACUGAAGUUUAUCGUGAACGAAAGUUUUUGGCUGUAUUUGCGAUUAAAGGUGGAGAAAUUCAAUUGAGAGGUUUUACGAAUUAA